AUGCCGAAAGUUGUCGGUGUGAAGAACUAUUCGAAAAGAAGUCUCUACUCGAACAUCAGAGAUGGCGUUUCCACAGUUCCUUCUAAUGAACUGCUCGACAGCAUCUACAAAUCAAAUGCUAUUUUGAUCUUCCAAAGCCGAAAUGGUCUUUCAUUUGGACACACAAGAAGUACUCAACUCAAAUCUUAUAAUAAAAUGAACACGAUCAAGAGACCAAUGAGAUCGUUCAACGCGAUAUUUGGAAAGCGAUUGAAACAAAAUCGGGUCCUGCCGAAGAUACAUGCAACACGUAGCUGUACAAAACUACGUGACGAAGAAUUCGAAGCACGAGUUCAGACUCUUCUUGAUGAGCAAUUCACCAACGUUCGUGUGGCACCUUCGCAAGUCGGCACAGGUGAAGGCCUUUAG